AUGCCGAGCCUGACCGACUCGAUCCGCUUGGCCACCCUGUACGAUUACCAGGGCGGCGACAGCUACUUCCACGUCCACAACACGUUCAUCGGUAUCCAGGCGACGUUGGUCCCGGAUAUUACGAUAUGGUUCAACAGCCCGGAGCAUUUCAUGUUUGAUGAAGGGCUCCACGCCCUUGCCGCUGACGCCCAGGAGCUGGGCACGAAAAUCGAAAAGAUCUUCGCGAGAGUCGAAGCACUUGGCGUAAAGAUCCCCGAACAUGGGCGCCAGGAGAAGGUGAACGAGCUCGUCAAGUUUUACGACACACUGGGAGAGGCCUACGAAAACCAAAAGAAACUCAUCCCAAUGCCCACCGCGUUCAGUCGGUUCACGAUCGAGGAGUUGCAGAAGGCGGCGCCGGCGUACGACUGGCUACACUUUAUCGGUUCCCAUCUACCGAAAGUGGUGCGUGACCGCAUCGAUAGCCAGACGUCAGUUCGCCUACACGCGCCGCUGAAGAACUUGGAGAAGCUCUCAAAAGUCCUGCUCGACACCCCGCGGCAUGUCGUCCAGAAUUUCCUGUUCAUGAACUGGGCCAAGGACCUGGAGCCGAAGCGGAAGGAGCGGGGGGAUGACUGCAAGGAAAGGAGGCUCGGCGACGAGAUGCGAAGCAUGUUCCACACGCUUUUUGACGAGAACACCUGGCUGAGCGACGAGUCGAAGGCGUUUGUCAAGAAAAAGCUGGACCAAAUCGACGUCAAAUACGGCUACAAUCAAAACGCCGUCGACGCCGAGCAGGUCGAUGCCUUGUACGAGAAUCUCCAAAUCCCCGCCAAAUGGAACCACCUGGAGCUCAUGCAAUUUGAGGAGCGAGCCGAGUGGCUGGUUUUUGAUUUGAAACUAAACGGUGAUCUCGGCAUGGAGGAGCCGCUCUUCAUCAAUGCGUUCAACCGCCGCGGUGAGCAGAUUGUCAUCCCCCUCGGCAUCAUCACCCAGCCCUUCUUCGACGCCACCUGGCCGAUCGAGUUCAACUACGCGGGCAUCGGCUUUGUGAUGGCGCACGAGCUUACUCACUCGUUCGAUAAUGCCACCGACCUCCCCGACGGGAACCCGGGCAACGACACCACCGAGUUCCUCGUCAAGCAGCAAUGCCUCGUCGACCAGUUCGACGUCAACUACACGAACCCUCGGCUCAAUGUCACGUUGCAGGUGGAUGGCUAUUCGCAGAAGCCGGAGACGAUCUCGGAUAAUAAUGGGCUGCGCGUGGCGUGGAGGGCGUACCUUGAGACACGCCGGAAGCUCUACGGCCGCAACCCACCGAAGUUGCCCGGGCUGAAGCAGUUCACCAACGAUCAGCUCUUCUUCCUGGCCCACACCCAGAUGUACUGUGGCCGACAGCCGACGCUCUACUCUCCCGCUGACGGCUGGAAGUUCAACGACGUCCACCCCGAGAACAGCGUCCGCGUCAACGAGGAGCUCAAGAACUUUGAGCCGUUCGCCGUCGCUUUCCAGUGCAAGCUGAACGCGACGAUGAACCCGGACCGCGAGGAGUGCAGAAUCUAUCGUCACCGCAACCGA